AUGGCUGCGCCAGAGGCAACAGAGCUUAAGGCGCAAUGGAAGGCCGAUGCGGACUUGCCCGAGUAUUCCAUGCAGGAUGUUGCGGCACACAACACCAAGUCCGACACGUGGAUUGUGAUUCACGGACAAGUCUUUGAUAUCACCGAGUAUCUCCAAGAUCAUCCCGGUGGUGCAGAGAUCCUCGUCGAGGUCGCCGGCAAGGAUGCGACUGCCGACUAUGAAGAUGUCGGCCACUCGGAAGACGCUCGCGAGAUCAUGCAGCCCUAUUUGAUCGGUGUCCUCAAGGAUGCGCAACAGUUUGUGCGACCCAAGGCGGUGCGCGUCGUGACGCAGUCCGCCCCCGAGUCUUCCAAGCCGUCUUCAUCAUCAACAAUCGGCACCGUCGCCGUGGUCGCCGGCACCCUUGGUGCGAUCCUCCCGGUCUUGUACAUUUAUACUUCUCCAACGAAUCUGUCUCAUCGGCUGAGCGCGGUCUCGCAUCUGGUUCCUCGCCAAUUGAAGGGCCUUCACCUGCCCCGCGGCGGGUUUGUGAAUGGCUUCCUCGCGGCCAGUCUGAUCAGCGGCGUGGUGGGUUUCUACGCCGCCAAGCAGCUGAACCGCUUCACUAAGAUCGAAUCCAACUUCUUGCGAUACCCGCCACGCAUCAAGGCGAAGAAGGUUAUUCGCCCCGAUCCCCAUCUGAUCCGUGGCUUCCUCGAGCCUCAAACAUAUCAGGAUUUGCCCCUGAUCGCCAAGCACUCGCUCUCGCCCAAUGUCUACCGCUUCGUCUUUGGAUUGCCCGACGCCAACACCGUUCUCGGCCUGCCGAUCGGACAGCACGUCGCCCUCAAGGCCGAGGUGAACGGCACCGUCGUCACCCGCUCCUACACCCCAACCUCCAACAACCUCGACCGCGGCCGCGUCGAGCUCGUCGUCAAGUGCUACCCGGACGGUCUUAUGAGCCAAUAUCUCGCCGGACUCGAGAUUGGUGACAAGGUGCCCUUCCGCGGACCCAAGGGCGCCAUGAAAUACACCAAGAACAUGGCCCGUCACAUCGGCAUGGUCGCCGGUGGCACCGGCAUCACCCCGAUGUACCAACUCAUCCGUGCCAUCUGUGAGAACGAGGCCGAUACUACUCAGAUCAGCCUGGUGUAUGCCAACCGCACUGAAGCGGACAUUCUCCUGCGCGAGGAACUCGACGCCUUUGCGCGCAAGUAUCCCCAGAACUUCAAGGUCUGGUACAUGCUAGAUUCUGCGCCCGAGGGCUGGGCCUACGGUGAAGGCUUUGUGAAUGCGGAUGUUCUGCGGGAGCAUAUGCCCGCGCCCGGCACCGAUGCCAAGGUGUUGCUGUGCGGGCCGCCCGGGAUGAUUGGAGCUACGAAGAAGAAUCUGGCUACGUUGGGUUUCAAGACGCCUGGGUCGGUGUCGAAGAUGAGCGAUGAGGUGUUUUGCUUCUAA